GCGCGUGGAUCUCACUCGCGGCGAUUUUUUUCUCUCCCAAUCUUCUUCUUCUUCUGAGCACAAGCUCUUGCGCCGACGGUGGGUUUCUCCGUCGAUUCCGGCGACGAUGAGAACCCUGACGCUCAUGGCUCUUCAUCUGUGACCCGGUACAGCUCUCCGGCUAAUCCAUCUAACCAAAAUAAUCGGGGGCAGCGGAGGGAAGAAGCUUCUACGAGACACCAACAAAAAUGGAUACACCGGAAAAGAGUGUAACCCAGAUCGGGACUCCAGUUUCUAAACUCAAAGUCGAGGAUUCACCAGUGUUUAAUUAUAUAUGCAGUCUCUCACCAAUCAAGACUCUCAAAUCAAUUCCAAUCACUCAAACGUUAAGCUCUCUCAAUUUCACAUCUCCACCUUCUGUUUUCACUUCUCCUCACGCGGUUUCUCAUAAAGAAUCUCGUUUCAGAAGUCAAAAAGAUGGGUCUGCUUCUAAAGAAGUUGCUUCCAUUGGAGAAGAAGGAAAUGAAGAAGCUUUAGUUGAAAAUAGCGAACCGGCGCAAAGUCUCAAGAAUGACUGCAAUACUCCUAGAGUUACCAAUGAUGUGAGAGACAAUGGUUGUUGUGAAGAUAGUGGGAAGGAUUUGCAGAAGAUGUUGGACAAUGUCAAGAAGAAAAGUGAAACUCCAGAUUGGGAAACUUUGAUUGCUGCUACAACGGAACUGAUUUAUGGCUCACCGAGGGAGUCAGAGGCUUUUAGUUGCUUGUUGAAGAGAACUUCAAACUCUGAAGCACGUAUACGCGGUGGUACAAUGCCAACAUCAAAGCCUGUUUCGAAUACCGAUGUAGGCAAUAAUGAAUCUGAGUCUCUUGAUGCUCUUUCGAUCUUGCACCGUGGUGUGAGAAGACGGUGUUUAGACUUUGAGAUUCCCGGGAAUAAUCAGCAAACAUUGGGUGAAUCUUCAUCGAGUUGUGUAGUACCUAGCAUUGGUCUGCAUCUUAACACCAUUGCAAUGUCCUCUAAGGAUAACAAUGUUGCUAAUGAGUACUCAUUUUCCGGUGACAUUAAAGUCGGUUUGCAAAGUUCUGCCACUCCGCUUCUUCAAUCGCCGCACGACAUUGUGAGAGAAAAUGAAACCGGGAAAGAUGCAGGUCAAAUUAUAGAAGAGGUUCCAAAGCGUAAGUCCGAACAAUCAGGAGAAGGCGGGUCGUCAUGUAAACGGUGUAACUGCAAAAAAUCCAAGUGUUUGAAGCUUUACUGUGAAUGCUUUGCUGCUGGAGUUUAUUGCAUAGAGCCAUGUUCAUGUAUAGAUUGCUUUAAUAAACCUAUCCAUGAAGAUGUUGUCCUGGCUACUCGCAAACAGAUUGAAUCCCGCAAUCCGCUUGCAUUUGCUCCUAAAGUCAUCAGAAACUCAGAUUCCAUCAUUGAAGUUGGUGAGGAUGCAAGUAAAACUCCAGCUUCAGCGCGACACAAACGAGGCUGUAACUGCAAGAAAUCAAACUGUCUGAAGAAAUAUUGUGAAUGCUAUCAGGGCGGAGUCGGCUGUUCUAUAAACUGUAGAUGUGAAGGAUGUAAAAAUGCAUUUGGCAGAAAAGAUGGGUCUUUGUUCGAACAAGAUGAGGAAAACGAAACAUCUGGCAAAAGCGGAACAACGAAAACACAACAGAAUGCCGAGUUGUUCAAUCCUGCUGCUCCACCUUCAACACCAUUACCAAUAAGACAACCACUGGCUCAACUUCCAAUCUCAUCCAACAACAGACUACUUCCUCCACAGUCUCAUUUUCAUCAUGGAGCUAUUGGAUCAUCUUCCUCAGGGAUAUACAACAUCAGAAAACCAGACAUGAGUUUGUUAUCUCAUUCAAGAAUUGAGACAAUUACAGAAGAUAUUGAUGAUGAUAUGACCGAGAAUCUAAUCCAUUCUCCAAUAGCUAACAUCAAUAGUCUAUCUCCCAACAGCAAAAGGGUUUCUUUGCCUCAUCUUGAUUCAUCAGAGUCGUCUCCAUGGAGAAGAAAUGGUGGCAGGAAUCUGAUACGUUCGUUCCCAACGUUUCCUUCUCUCACUCCACACCAUUAAAAUUCUUUGAAUCUUUGUGAUGAAUGUCAACUUCUAGUUGGUAGUUUAACUUACACAAACAACAUACGCAAACAUUUUUACUAGUUUAGUAGUAGCACAUUUGCGUUUGUCUUUUAUAAUGGUUGUGUAAUAAAAAUGUUAAGUCAUU